CCUUUGCACUCAUGUCGAGAUCCUUCACAGGUUGCAAGAGAUGUAAGGCACGCCGACAAAAAUGUGACGAGCAGAGACCGAACUGCGGUCGCUGCCAGACUGCAGGCGAGCAAUGCCAAUAUGCAAUGCAGUUGCAGUGGGGUGGACGGGCGUUUUCGCGCUCCAGGUUUGGUGCUUGCGUCGGGACAGGAGGCAUGCAGAGACUCGAAUAUUCACCAGGAGAGUUCAUCUACACCACCAAGACGGCGGUGCAGUCAGCCAGCGCCAAACCCGGAUCAGAUCUCACUCUGUCGCAACCCGUCGAUCCCUUCUCGUCCUUGUCGUCCAGUCAAAAGGCCUUAUUACACCAUUUUAUCAACGAUGCCUCUCAAAUCACCGCGUGCCAUUCGGGAAUGCAGCAGGACAUAUGUCGCAUGCUGAUCCCAAUGGCUCUUCAGACUCCCUCCCUACUCUACGCUACCACGGCCCUAUCGGCGAUUCAUAUCCAAGCCCUACACAACCAGUCGGAAAGCGUAAAAUCAGCACCGGAUAUCGCCCGGCUAAUGGCUCUCAGUCUUGAACAUUUCAGAACAGAGUUGCAGAAUCCCUCGUCCAAGGACCCCGAGGCGUUGGUGGCGACGGCUCGGACGCUCUGUCUAGCUGAGAUCCAUUCUGGGGCGAUCAACCCGAACUCGUGGAGAGCACAUAUUGAUGGGGCGAGGGUAUUGAUGAGGGCAUCGGACGCCGCUGGUGAGGAUUCCCUGCGGUCUACAAGCGGUUUCCGGCGGUAUUUGGAUCGCUGGUACUGGUCGAUCGUGUCGCUUACGGCACUGACGGGCAAUGGUCCACCAAUUGGAGAUAUUUCAGACUUCGCCUCGUCUGAUUUGAUGGGGUUAGGCGGGUCUACUGAUUACUUAGAUGACUAUUGGGGUUUCAGCGUAGACCUUGCGGCUGUCUUUAGGCAGAUCGGUGCUGCCGCCUGGCGAAGUCAUGAAAUUGAGAAGGCUACCCAGGGAUUUGUUGCAGGAGAGAUUGACGGCAGUGUUGAGGAUGAUGCUGCGUCCUUGGAGUUCGCAAUUCGACAGCUCAUGAGUCGUGACUCAAACUCGCAGCCCUCAUUUUACCCUAGGGCCGCAGAAGGCUUGUCUGCGGAGAGCGCUCAGCAGCUCCUGCUAUGCAAUGAGGCAUUCCAACACAGUGCGCUUAUCCAGAUUCAUCGACGACUUCGGAAAACACCAACUACCUCGCCAGAAGUGCAGCAGUCGGUCCAGCGUAUCCUGGAGUGUACCGCGCAGAUUGGGCCAUCGUCAGGUCUCUCGCCUUGGGUGAUGUUAACGACACCAAUCUUUAUUGCGGGCUGCGAAGCGCGUGGUCAGGAUCGAGAUACAGUUAGGCAAUUGCUAUCAUCCUUACAUGACACUAUUCGCGUUCCAAACGUUCUUCAGUCAUUGAGAUUCCUCGAGCAGUAUUGGUCUAACCAACUCAGCGAGGAAGAAGACUGGAGCCAUUUCCUCGAACGAAUGCAGUUCGAUUUCAUCCCAUACUAG